AUCCGUAUACGUUUGUUAUUAUGGCAGGUACUUUCAGUUACUUUUGUGUAAUAUGAGUAACCUUGAAAACUUGAAAAAUACCAUUGGAAUAACUUAAUCACAUAAAUACAGACAGGUUAAAUUGAACUAAAUUCUCACUUGUGUCAAUGAUAGCUGGCAUUGCCCUCAAGGUUUUAAGAAGUGGUUUUAAGGUAUUUUUUUUUUCAUAAGGUUGAAGUUUAUGUCAGGGUUGAACACAUUCAUUAUUAUGAUUAAUCCCAUACAAUGUGGGGACCAAGCCAGCUAUAGAAGGUGCUAGAAGUCUUAAUGUACAUCAUUUCAAUACUGAACAUCACAUCACUUGGUUGCACAAUUAGAUGAAACCACAACUACCAGUUGUUAAUCUACUGUAGACUAACCCUAGUGAGACGUGUGUAACCAAAUCAGCAGCCAAAUGGUCAAUCACGUGUGGCAUAGCCCCGUGUGCAUGCUACCAAUCGGAGUUGUCCGAAUUCCGUAAAAACAAGUGCACUACCAAAAUAAACCAGUGGGUGGCAUGAAUAAGAAACAUACCAACUAUCCGGUUGCCAUUACAGAGAAAGAAAUUAGCAGUUCGAAAAGUUUGAUCCCUUUGAGUCGCCGUAGUCUCUGUUGUUUACAGUUUCUAAGGAAACUCCCUCAUGCCCCCGUGACCUCAAAACCUGCAUGGGGACCGGAGAAGAAGAAAAAUACGUUCCCGCCUGAACUGAAGCUAGAAACAGCAGCCCUGGGAGGAGGGUUCAAGAAAAAUAAAAACCUUAUAUUUAUAAAAACUCAAUAUUGCUGAUACGAUGGAUGACCUAUACCUGGAGAACAUCGAUGAGUUCGUCAACGACCAAAACAAAAUUGUGACUUACAAGUGGCUGAGCCUCACACUUGGCGUGCAUGUCAACCAGGCUAAACAGAUGCUUUACCACUAUUUGGAGCAAAAGCGUAAGGAGAGCUCAGGAACUCGGCUGCAUGCCACGUAUUUGGUUUCCGGGAAAUUCACACAGAACGGUAACACGUGUCACAAGGUGGCAGUAGUGAGAGAAGAUCAACUUGAAGGUUUAAAAUCCAAGGUGAUUGUGACAGCCAGCAUCCAUGUGUACAGCAUUCAGAAAGUGGUGCUAAAGGACAGCGGCCCUCUUUUUAACACAGACUACGAUGCCAUCAAAGAGAACCUCAACAUCUGCAGCAAGUACAGUGCAAUCCGAUGUGCCAGUGCAGUCCCCAGGUCCUCUGCUGAGAUCUCUCGCUUGCAGGAGAUUGCUCAAGGGACACCCCCAGCCUCAGAGGGGCAGCAGGCUGCCAGCAAGCUUUCCAUGAAUGGACAUAGCCCAUCUGCUCUAAAGCCAGCCAGCCAGCAGCCCAAGGGGAUCAUGGGAAUGUUUGCAUCCAAAGCAGCCUCCAAGCACCACGAGACUAGCAAAGAAGUGAAAAUAGAAGCCAAAGAAGAUUCUGUGGCUGCAGAGGCAUCAAACAGUAAGCCAACCAGCAAAGGUAGUGCCAUGAGUAACUUCUUUGGAAAAACAGCAACAAGAAAGACCAAACCAUCCCCGCAGACUGCAGAGGUGGUGAUAAAAGAAGAAGCCAGCAGUGCUGCUUCCCCAGCUUCUAAAGAGGAGGACGAGCCGUCUUCAAGCUCAGCUGCAAAACAAGUACCGGCCAUCAAAGAGGAGAAACCCAAGACUUCUGAAGCAGCCCCGAAAAAACGGAAGGACAGUAAAACUAAAGCGAAGCGGCUGGAGCGUUCGGACAGUGAGGAUGACAAAUCGGAGAGCCAGCAGAAGAAGAGGAGGAGAAUAAAGAAACCGCAGCCGGACAGCAGUGAUGACGAGAUUAUUCCAGACUCCCCACCAGCACGUGAUGUGAAGACCCCCUCACCACCCCCUGAAGCAGAGGUCAAGAAGGAGCGUGCAACACACACUGAGGAUGCUGGAGGUAUCACGAGAAGGAAGAGGAGGAAAGUUCUCAAAUCUAAGACCUCUUUGGAUGAUGAAGGCUGCAUUGUAACUGAGAAGGUGUACGAGAGCGAAUCUUAUUCAGACAGUGAGGAUGACUUUGUGAAGUCCAAUAAGCAGCAACUGUCAAAGCAGCCAGCAACGGGUGGGAAAAAAGUCGAGGACAAGAAGAGUCAAAAGAAGUCGGCUGCCAAUAAAGGAACCAAGCAGGCAUCCAUCAUGGGAUUCUUCCAGAAGAAAUAACCACCAUGCUGCCCUUGCACCCCUUUGCUCCUCAAAACAAGCACUGAACUUAUAAAUCUGCUGUUGGGUUUGGACAAUGGGUGCUGUCCAUUUACCAGUGUGGUUUGAACUGUGCAUCCUUGAAAGACACUCUCUUGUAAUAUUUUGUGUUUGAUAGAAUUUUACUGCGAUAAUAGGUUUGCUCCAGUAAGCUGAGAAUUCCAAGUCUUAUGAAAAAAUAUUCCCUUAAAUAUUCAUUUUCUUGUGUGCUUAGCAGCAAUUGCUGGCAAGGUGAUUCAAGCCGAAGUGCUUUGGAGUUUGCUGAACCAAGCCACUCAGUUGGGCCCAACUCAAAUUAAGCUCCAAAAUUAGAUCCCCACUCUUCUCCAGCAGGAGGUAAUUUGGCAAUGCUCAUAAUACUAACUUUAAGCAUGCAUUAUUGGCUGAGUCAACCACUAAUGAGACUAAACAAAUACCUCUGAAUCAAAAGCUGUUAUAUGUUCUAUAAAACCCUUAAUGAACUACAAAAUGGAGAAAUAGAUUUAUUUUCUAAUUACGGAUAAAGCUGAAAAGCGUAAGUUCAGCCAAACAGUACAGAUUAGGAUUCUUUGUGCAGGACAAAAUGUUUGCCUUUUGGCUCCAUUUAUGGAAACUACUGUGUCUUACGAUCACGACUGAUACUUCUUGUCACAGAAAUCUGAAAACGGGCACUUCAUUCAAGAUUGGGUCUGUGUUGCCAAUAUCUUGUGUGUUUCUGUUUAGAUUGCCUCUGCGAGACAGUGCAACUCUUGCAGUUGUCGCACAGGGCAAUUUUAUAGUCUCCUGUCGUGCAACUGCCUGAUUACCAUUUUAAACUCCAAGGGAGAGGGAUUCCCAUAGUUGUGUUUUUCUUUUGCUGGUCUCUCUAAGUGAAAGACUUAUAAGCCAACCUUUUAUUGUGAAAUCGAACAUGCUGUUAAUACAAAUAUAAUUUUAAAAAACUGAAUUUUGCAUAGAUCUCUGUUUCUGGCCUUUUUUUAAAUCUUGAAUGUUUUUCAGUUUGUGAUGCCCAAAACACGCACACCUAAAAUACAUUCACAAUACUCAUUCUAUAAGAUACAGUACAAAGGUAAGGCCAUUCACAGCAUCCCAUGCAGUCAUAACUUAGCUUGUGGCUUUGUUAUUGAAAAUGUAGUAUUCCUUUUCAAAUGUCUAUUUUGGGCUGUUUGCCAAAGGUCCCAAAUUAUAAUGAUCUGUUUUGCCAGUAAAAGAAUUGCCUUGUAUGGUCCUCCUGGCUUUAUACAUGAAGAUCCUAUUUUAUUGUUGUUGGAAGGUGUUGCACCUUUAUACUACAUUUGUACCGAGAUGCGGCUCAUAAAUUAUUGUUUUGAAACAAAAGGUUUAAUGUUUUGAAGAGUUGUCAAAAUGAUCACAUGUUCCUAUUAAAAUUAAAUUGAAAAUGGAAAGUGUCAUCAUUAAUCUGAAAGUGUAUAAAACAUGUCACUUUUUGAUAGAUUUAUUAAAGACCACAUUUGUAUAGAAGUAAACAGUAAUGGCUUGUUUAAUAUUUGUAUUAAUCAUUUGGGUGGAUAUAGUUGGGUUCCUGUUUCUUAGAAAUAAAAAAAAUAGCAUCAGUAUGGUCAAGAAUCCAA